AUGCAUCGCAGCUUGCUGAGCAGUCUUCUCCUCCUGCCAUCUGUUCUUGGAGUUGCGAUACGGCAAAUUCCUGCGACUUCGGGCACGACCACAGGGGCGAAGGGAAACGCGACAGCAGUAGAAAGCAACCCUCGGGGAUCAUCGUUCAGGGCUACAUUCCCAACAGAUGGCACGCAGUUCACGCCUACACCAAACGGAAACGUCCGAGGUGUCGUGUUAGCUCAAAGCGGGCGAGAUGGAAAAGGCGUGCGAUACGAUAUCAUGAUUGAUAACCUCCCAAAUGAGGGUGGUCCCUUCCUAUAUCACAUCCACACGGAGCCUGUCCCCCCAGAUGGAAACUGCAACGCGACACUCGGUCACCUCGACCCCUUUGAGCGAGGCGAGAGUCCCCCUUGUGACGCAGACCUCCCGAUGACGUGCCAGGUUGGAGACCUCGCCGGCAAAUACGGAGCCAUAACCACAUCCCCCUUCGAGGCGUCAUACACCGACUCGUUCACGGCAACGGGCGAUGGCCAGUCUUUUAUCGGAAACCUGAGCGUCGUCGUGCACUUUGCCAACAAGACCCGGAUCACCUGCGCCAACUUCCAGCAGAUGGGAGCGAACGGGCUGCUGACGUCCUUAUGA